UGUAUCCACUUAUAAAACAUCUCUCAGCCAUUCAUUUCAUUUCUUAUAGCGUAGACUUCUUAAAACAAUAUCCAACACCAGGACUCACAAAAAAGAAAAAAAAAUGGAACAGACUUCUCUUUUAUUUAUUGGUCUUCAAAAUCUGUAAGAGAGAAGAUGGGAAGGAGGUGUUCUCGUUGUGGAAACAAUGGACAUAACUCGAGGACAUGUACAAGCUCAAGAAAUAUGGUGGGAGUAGGAGAGCUGAGGCUAUUUGGGGUUCAGAUUCAAUUAGCUUCCACUUCUACUAGGAAUAAAAGCUUUAGUUUGGAUUGCUUGUGUCCUUCAGGUUAUAGUGCUUCGGCUUCUUCUUCAUCAUCUUCAUCUUCGUCUUCUAUUUUCUGUAUUGAUGAAGGUGUUGAGAAGUUCUCCAAUGGUUAUCUCUCGGAUGGUUUGCUGGUGAGAGUUCAGGAAAAGAGGAAAGGAGUUCCUUGGUCCGAAGAAGAGCACAGAGCUUUUCUGGCUGGACUAGAAAAACUUGGUAAAGGUGAUUGGUGCGGUAUCUCUCGCAAUUUUGUAAUCACAAGAACUCCAACCCAAGUUGCCAGCCAUGCUCAGAAGUAUUUUCUCAGGCAGAACAGCCCUGUCAAGAAGAAACGCCGGUCUAGCCUCUUUGAUGAGGUUGGAGGUUGUCAAAGACCACAUCAUGCCAGUGAUUCUUCAAAUAUCAAAGAUCCUUCAUUCGUAAUAGAUCUCAAUAUUUCAGAACAAGAGCCGAGUUCACCGCCACAUGAUUCACUCGAUUCCAAACUCAUCCCAAAUUCUUGAUUUGUGGCUCACUGUGUCUUCCACCAGGCCUUUGCUUCAGAGCAAAGCAUUGCCUGUACAUCUCUUCCUCAGUGCUGUUGGAGCAGUUUAACAGGCUUUAGAUUUCUUUGUAUGAAUGGAACGUAGAAACUGUUUUCGUUUAUAUA